AUGCAUAGGCUCCUUCCUCGAUCUGGGUAUCUUAAUUCCGCCGAGUUGUUGCGAAAGUCGCGAGCUUUAACUGCAAAUUCAAAGAGUUUAUCUUUAAACGGGAGCAGAUACCUCAGCAGUGAAGCAAGAAGAGAGUUUACAGAGUACGAUGUUGUUGAGAAAGGAACUGAAUCAGGAUCACACAUCAUACCUGUGUCACAUUGGAGACAAGAACAGAGCUGCGUUGUAGAUAGAGGAGAUAAACCAUUUCGUUUGCCAGACAAUGAUGUGUACUUAUGCAACAGUUACAUCAAUUCUUAUUUUGAGAAGGGAGAUUUAGUCUCUGCGCGUAAAGUGUUCGACGAAAUGACUCAGAGGAACUGUGUUACAUGGGCAUGUGUUGUUUCAGGGUAUAGCCGUAACAGAGAACAUAGAGAAGCCUUAUUUCUCUUGAGGAAUAUGAUUAGAGAAGGAGUUUUUUCUAAUCCAUACGCUUUUGCUAGUGCGCUUAAAGCUUGCCAGGAGUUAGAUACUGUGGGGAAGGUUUUUGGGAGGCAACUUCACGGCCUAAUGUUCAAACUCUCCUAUGCAUUCAAUGCAGUAGUUUCUAAUGUUCUUAUAUCAAUGUACUGGAAAUGCAUUGGGUCUUUAACUUGUGCUCUUCGUGCUUUCGAUGAUAUAGAAGUUAAAAACUCUGUAUCAUGGAAUUCAAUUAUAUCUGUAUAUUCAGGGGCUGGGGAUUUUAGGUCUGCGUUUAAGAUGUUCUCUAGCAUGCAGUGUGAUCAUUCUAGACCAACAGAGUACACUUUCGGUAGUCUUGUAACUGCUGUUUGUUCUUUCACUGAUGUUAGUUUGCUCAAGCAGAUCAUGUGCACUAUCCAGAAAUCUGGUUUACUCUCUGAUCUUUUUGUUGGAAGUGGAUUGGUGUGUGCAUUUGCAAAGUCUGGCUCAUUGAGUUACGCUAGGCAAGUUUUUAAUCAGAUGGAAACAAGAAACGCGGUGACCUUAAACGGUCUAAUGGUUGGUCUGGUGAGGCAGAAACGAGGAGAGGAAGCAACUAAGCUCUUUAUGGAUAUGAAAACCGUGACUGAUGUUAGUCCUGAGUCAUAUGUAAAUCUCCUGAGCUCAUUUCCUGAAUAUUAUCUAGCUGAGGAAGUAGGUCUGAGAAAAGGCAGAGAGGUCCAUGGACAUGUAAUAACAACUGGCUUAGUUGAUUCAUUGAUCGGUAUUGGAAAUGGCCUUGUUAAUAUGUAUGCCAAGUGCGGGUCAAUAGAUGAUGCUAGACGUGUUUUCUGUUACAUGAUGGAGAAAGACUCCGUCUCCUGGAACUCCAUGAUCACUGGUCUUGACCAAAACGGCUGUUUUCAAGAAGCUUUGGAACGCUACCUAAGCAUGAGACGACAUGAAAUCUUGCCUGGUAGUUUCACACUGAUUAGUUCACUUAGCUCAUGCGCUAGCUUGAAAUGGGGUAAAGUAGGACAACAGAUUCAUGGAGAAAGCCUCAGAUUGGGGCUUGAUUUGAACGUUUCGGUUUCAAAUGCGCUUAUCACACUUUAUGCAGAGACAGGCUAUGUCAACGAAUGUCGUAGAGUAUUUUCCUUCAUGCCAGAGCAUGAUCAGGUGUCUUGGAACUCCAUGAUAGGUGCUUUAGCUAGCUCGGAAGGGUCAGUACCUGAAGCAGUGUCAUGUUUCAUGAAUGCGCUACGAGCGGGACAGAAACUUAACAGAAUAACCUUUUCAAGCGUUCUUUCAGCUGUGUCAUCCCUUUCAUUCGGUGAACUCGGUAAGCAGAUACAUGCGCUAGCUUUAAAGUACAAUGUUACAGAUGAAGCAACCAUUGAGAAUGCUCUUAUAGCUUGUUAUGGAAAGUGUGAGGAGAUGGAGGAGUGCGAGAAGCUAUUUGCUAGAAUGUCAGAGAGAAGAGAUGAUGUAACUUGGAACUCGAUGAUCUCUGGGUAUGUACAUAACGAGCUCCUUCCCAAGGCUUUAGACUUGGUAUGUUUUAUGUUGCAGAGAGGUCAGAGAUUGGAUAAUUUCAUGUACGCGACGGUUCUUAGCGCGUUUGCUUCGGUUGCAACGCUAGAGCGUGGAAUGGAAGUGCAUGCUUGCUCGGUGAGAGCUUGUUUAGAAUCCGAUGUGGUGGUUGGGAGCGCACUCGUUGACAUGUACUCCAAAUGUGGUAGACUAGACUAUGCUUUGAGGUUUUUCAACGCGAUGCCUGUGAAGAAUUCAUAUUCUUGGAACUCGAUGAUCUCAGGCUAUGCACGUCAUGGACAAGGAGAAGAAGCUUUGAAGCUAUUUGAGAAUAUGAAACUCGAUGGUCAAACACCACCUGAUCAUGUAACAUUCGUGGGAGUGUUAUCAGCUUGUAGCCACGCGGGUUUGGUUAAAGAAGGGCUUAAACAUUUCGAAUCUAUGAGUGAUUCAUAUGGUUUAACUCCUAGGAUUGAACACUUCUCAUGUAUAGCUGACUUGCUAGGCCGUGCAGGUGAGUUAGAUAAGUUGGAAAGUUUCAUCGAUAAAAUGCCGAUGAAGCCUAAUGUUCUCAUAUGGAGAACGGUACUCGGUGCUUGUUGCAGAGCCAAUGGUCGUAAAGCAGAAUUAGGGAGGAAGGCAGCAGAAAUGCUUUUUGAACUGGAGCCAGAAAACGCUGUAAACUAUGUGCUACUUGCUAACAUGUAUGCUGCUGGGGGAAGAUGGGAAGAUUUAGUAGAAGCGAGGAAGAAGAUGAAAGAUGCAGAGGUGAAAAAGGAAGCUGGUUACAGUUGGGUCACCAUGAAAGAUGGAGUUCAUAUGUUUGCAGCUGGGGAUAAGGCACACGCGGACGCUGAUUUGAUCUACAAGAAGCUCAAGGAGCUGAAUAGAAAGAUGAGAGACGCAGGUUAUGUGCCGCAGACAGGGUUCGCCUUGUAUGAUCUGGAGCAAGAGAAUAAGGAAGAGAUUCUGAGCUAUCACAGCGAGAAGCUCGCUGUAGCUUUUGUUCUCAUGACACAGAGAAACUCUACACUGCCUAUAAGAAUAAUGAAGAAUCUGAGAGUUUGUGGUGAUUGUCACUCUGCUUUCAAGUAUAUAUCAAAGAUCGAAGGGCGGCAGAUAAUACUAAGAGAUUCAAACAGGUUUCAUCAUUUUCAAGACGGUGAAUGUUCUUGUAAAGAUUUCUGGUGAUUCCAUGAGUCUUAAAGGUGAUUUUACUUGGACUCACUCAAACCAUUCUUCUUUCUGCUUCUGGAAGGUGGAGUUGAGAUGCAUCAAAUAAGUGAGUUACAUAAAAUAUGUGCAUUUCGUUUGUGUUGAAACUUGAAAAUUCAUUAUACAUAUUUCAUUUAUACAAAAUAGCCUUUGAUUUUGUUUGGCAAG